AUGGCUACAUGUGAGGUUGCUUGUGGGCUCUCCUGGGCCGUGCCUCGGAGCAAGCCCGUUGCUCAGUCCCACACUGCCAAGUUCCCCAAGCCGGUGCUGGGGCUGCUGGUGUGGGCCCUGAUUGCCGAUACCCCGUACCACCUGUACCCAGCCUACGGCUGGGUCAUGUUCGUUGCUGUCUUCCUCUGGCUGGUGACAAUUGUCUUCUUCAUCCUCUACCUGUUUCAGCUGCACAUGAAGUUGUACAUGGUGCCCUGGCCGCUGGUGGUGAGUCUGGGUGGUCUGUCUGGCACUCGGAUCCCUGUCACCCUACCCCCCAGUGCCACAGCGCACACCAACUCAGCUUUGGUGUCUUCUUCCUUUCAGUUCUUUGCAUGUUUAGUGAUGAUUGCCUACGGAGUGAGCGCUUUCUUCAGCUUCCAGGCCUGGCGGGGCGUGGGCAGCAACGCAGCCACCAGUCAGAUGGCUGGCGGCUACGCCUAG